GAAAUGAUGCUUUCUCCUAUGUUCCAGAGAGAGUAUUUGUGCUGAUUUUUUGCGCAGGCCUACGUCCGUCGUCCGUUCCUGGACGUGUAUUUCGUGUACACAUCCUCCCUUGGGACACAUACCUUCUUCAUGGUAAUCCUGCCCGCACUCAUCUUCUUCGGGUACGGAUCUAUUGGGCGUGGACUGCCUAUGGUCCUCGCACUGGGAGUCUAUAUGGCCUCAUUCAUCAAAGACUCAGUCUGCUCUCCGAGGCCGUUCGCUCCGCCUGUCACGAGACUGACUAUCGGUAACCAUCAUCUCGAGUACGGGUUCCCAUCGACACAUUCUGCGAACAGCGUCUCGAUUGCGCUGUUCUUCUAUUCGCUCCUUCAACACGCCUACGUUACCCCGUCAUCUGCUCGCUUCCCCGUGUUCAACGUCAUGUAUAGCUCUACACAUUCGGCAUUGGAACACAUGUCUGCCACGCCCGGCGUAGACACGAUGGUAUCUGAUACCACAUACCGUGUCUUGUCUGGCGUACUUCUGUUCUACGUAUUCUCGAUCGUGUAUGGCCGGCUAUAUACAGGCAUGCACUCAUUCACGGAUUGCGCGGUCGGUGUGCUACUCGGAGUCGGAGUCUGGGCAUUCGAUCAACUUUUCAGUGGAUGGCUGCAUGUGUGGGUCAGGGAUUCUGGCUGGAUCGUACCUGCAGUGACGAUUCCGCUCUGCCUGCUGUCCGUUCACUGGCAUCCGCAGCCGAUAGACGACUGCCCGUGCUUCGAGGAUGCGAUCGCGUUCAUCUCGGUCGUGCUGGGUGAGAUCCUGUCGCGAUGGUAUAUGCUGCACAACGGCUACGGAGAUGAGUACUUCGUACACGUUAUGCCUGGCAGUCCGUGGGGCAGCUGGCUCGACACGCUCACCUGGUGGACCGUCGCCGUUGCCAAGAUGACUGUCGGCAUCCUGAUUAUUUUCAUAUGGCGCAUCUUCGCGAAGAACAUGUCACACUUCGUGUUGCCGCCGCUCUUCCGGCUGCUCUCGCAUGCGUUCACGCUCCCGCAUCGGCGAUUCUACACGCCCGCGACGGACUAUAAGAACGUACCGCCCGAGACGGGGCUGCACCCGAUCCCAUCCGUGAUCGACCUUCCGGGCAUGAUGGAGAUGGAGACGGACGGUGGCGGCGCGAGCGGCGUGCGCGGUCUGCGAUAUGACAACAUCUACGAAAAGGAAGAAUAUCCGGUUGAUCUGGACGAGGAAAACGGUGAAAAGCAGGACAUCGUCAAGCAUUACGAUGCAGACGUGCUGACCAAGGUCAUUGUGUACUGCGGUAUCGGCUUGCUUGCUUGUGGGGUCAUCCCGGUCAUGUUUGAGGCGCUGGGCUGGGGCGUGCAAUGGAGCUGAGCGAGGACGGAGCGGACUGGGUGUGUAUAUUCACAGA